GGUUUAUAUUUUUUCAUGGAUAUUCUUCUUCAAGUAUUUGUAGAAGGGAUACUAUCAUAUUUUUCUGAUAUACUUAAUUCCAUGGAUGCUGCCAUUAUUGUAGUGACUCUAAUAAUUGAUUUCAAUGAUAUUUUUUAUGACUAUGAGAUUUUUAAAGAUAUUCCCAGAUUGGUAAUUCUCCUUCGGUCUCUACGCCUUAUCAUUCUGAUGAGAAUUUUUCAUUUGGCUUACGAAGAAAGACAGCUUGAAAAGUUGACCAGAAGGAUGGUUUCAGGAAACAAACGACGAUACAAGAAAGAUGGAUUUGACUUAGACCUCACUUACGUUACUGAACGUAUUAUUGCCAUGUCAUUCCCAUCUUCUGGAAAGGAGUCUUUCUAUAGGAAUCCAAUUCAGGAAGUUGUGCGGUUCCUGGAUACCAAGCAUCGAAACCACUAUCAAGUCUACAAUCUUUGCAGUGAAAGAUCUUAUGAUCCUAAGUACUUCCAUUAUAGGGUCCAUCGAAUCAUGAUUGAUGAUCAUAAUGUCCCCUCUCUGAGUGAGAUGGUGGAAUUUUCCAAAGAAGCACAGAAUUGGAUGGCUCAAGAUGACAAAAACAUCAUAGUGAUUCACUGUAAGGGAGGCAAAGGAAGAACUGGAACUAUGGCUUGUGCGUGCCUUAUUGCCUGUGAAAUAUUUACAACUGCAGAGGAGAGCCUUUAUUAUUUUGGAGAACGACGAACAGAUAAAACCACCAGCAGUAAAUUUCAGGGAGUAGAAACUCCUUCUCAGAAUAGGUAUGUUGGAUAUUUUGAAGAUGUGAAAAAUAUUUAUAACUUGACUCUCCCUCCAAGAAAAAUACUUAGGAUAAAAAAAUUUGUUAUUUAUUCAAUUCAUGGUGUUGGAAAAGGCAACGGUGAUGAUCUAAAAGUGAAAAUAAUAAUGCGUCAAAAGAUUGCCUUUUUCUGUUCUGCUUCCAAAAACUGUAGGGUAGUUCAUGAUAUUGAAAGGGACAGAGUAAUAAUUCAUCUAUGCAACUGUCCACUUCUGUAUGAUGAUGUAAAAGUGCAAUUUCUGUCUUCUUCAGAUCUUCCUAAAUACUAUGACAACUGCCCCUUUUACUUUUGGUUCCACACAUCCUUUAUAGAAAAUAACAGGCUUUAUCUUUCAAGAAAUGAAUUGGAUAAUCCCCAUAAACCAAAAGCAUGGAAAAUUUAUCAUCCAGAGUUUGCAGUUGAAAUUUAUUUUGAUGAUGUUAAGUUGUGCCUGGUAUCUGAUUAAGUGUAGUUCCCCUUCUAGAAUAGAAUCAUAUUGUUCCCAAUCCCUGCUAUGUAUUUAUAUCUUCAAAACCCUCUUCCUUGCUGGUAUACUUAUAUUUACAUAUGUGUACAUAUGUUCUUGAGAAUACUAUUCAACAUAUAUUAAAUAUAUACAAGAGAAAAUGUCAAUGGCAAUUUUUUUUCCUUUUUGAAGGAAUAUACUUCACACACAGUUUUGAGAUAAAUUUGGAACACAAUACACAGGAACAUUAGUUAUCACUUUUAAAAACUUUAAAGAAAACUUUUAUAUCAAAAUAAUUGGAAUAUUUAAAAAUUGUGAUUCCCCCUAAUACUGUGGGUUUGUUUCACUUGUUUACAUAUUUUUGGACAAGUAUUUAUUCCCUUUGUUUCACAUUUGUAAUUUCAGAUUAGAAGGUAAUUUCUAGUUUCUUCCUCCAUUUGAUUUACAAACUAACAAAUACCAGAUUGACAGCAGAGACUUUUAAACCCAGAGACGUGUUUACACAGCAGCCCCUCACCCCAAACACACGCUUUCCUCUUGCUCUCCAAGCACCUCAGAGCACGACGAGGCUCCUUUAGUCACACGCAGACGUGGGGAGACUAGGAGAAUCUUGGUCAACAUGACGGUAAAGCAGCUCGGGGAACUCUGAGGGAAGGUCGCCUUUUCAUUCUAGUCCUGUGUCUGGAGGGAAUCAUUUUCUCUUUGGUACCCAGUGCUAUUCUAAGUACUUUCACUGCCACUGUACCUUAAGGCCAUGAUUGUGCUUGAAAACAGUUCGAUUUUGGCUCUGUUGAAAUUAUCCUUACUUGAGUGAUUUUUCCUUUAUUUGGCAAGGCUCUCAACAAUCUAGACCAAGUUAAAUUCAUUGAGAAACACAGCUAGCAAUAAGAAACAGUGCUCUGCUAAAACACACUAAACCCAUUCCUGAAAAACCUUUCACUCUGCAAAAAACACAGACUAAAAUGGUUUGCUCGGGGGAGACAGGGUUGGGAGUUUAGGGGGUUUGGAGGUUUGGGGCAAACCACUCCAACUAACAAACGCAACCAGCACAUUAACCACUAACCACCCAGGUAGCAGCGCAGGAUGCCUGGAGGUUGCCACAGUAGGCAUUUUUUAAAAGGGGAAACUGGGCAAUACCUUAUUACAGAAGGGCUGGUGGGUGCCAAAGUGGCACCAGCACAGGUGCUCUCUUCUUGUUUCAAAACAGCCCACAAAGGGUCAGAGCUGCCAGUGCAGAAGGCCAACUGAAGGCUUUUUGCUUUUGACAAAAGUUAUUACCCUACUCUCCCUAACCUGGAUCCCCUGAAGGAAGAGAUCUUGGAGGACCCUCUCAAGUUCCUUCCAGGUUAUGACUGCAUUAUUCCCUGUUAAUUGGUGCAACAGAAACGUGUUGUGGCAGAACAGGCUGUAUUGUUUCCAGAAUGCACAUCAGGAGGCAGGCUUAAUUGAAUGGGGAAGUGCUUAGCUGGCUCAUGGAGGAGUAAGAUCUAUCUAUUUCAAUACAGGCAGACCCCCAUUUUUAAGAAUCUUGCUCUUUGAAAUAAGGAGAUACAGUUGGGAUUUUUCUUCUCUAAUCUGCCAAGAUCCAUCAGAAUUUCUGGCAAUGAGUUGCCACACAAGUCUUCUUCCUCUCCUAGAAAGAGAACUUGCUUAGGGUCUCCCAGGGGGUUGC